AUGGAGGAAGAGUUAUGGAAAUUCUUCGACAAAACACUAGCCAUUAUCCCAUUCCGCGAAGAAGAGAGCGCUAUAGGCAAAGAUGAAUUCGAAACAGAUAGCGACGAAAAAGAGGAGAAUUUCAUGAAAGAGGAGAAGGAGGGCGAAAUUGUGUGCGAGUCGGAGGAACUGGAGGAGGAACAUCUUUUGUGCGCGGAACCGAAGGAAUGA